AUGGCCUCGCAGAGAGCAGAUGUGGACCGGAUUUCAUUCGCAGAAGCGACACGGGUCGUGAAAUUGGACUCCCACACAUACAGAGUCAACCUCGACGACGCAUUUUGCGUCGGAAAUGUCGCAAAUGGCGGCUAUAUCGCCUCUUGCAUGCUCGCCGCUGCGAGUACACAUCUCUCCUUGCGCGAUCAACCAGACACCCUGACCGCCCAUUUUGAGUACCCAAGCCGGACAAAUCCUGGACCCGCCAUCGUGAAAGUUGAAGACAUAAAGCUCAGCGGUCAGCUUUCCACCUUGCACCUCACGCUCUGGCAGGGCGGGCUCGUCCAGAAAUCGCCAUGGAUCACACCUACUUCACGCCGCGGCGUCCUAGCCUAUUCCACCCACACUAACCUAAGCACCUCCACCGGAAUCACGCUUCCGACGGGCUUCGAGGUAACUCCAGCUGCGCAGAACCCUCCCCUACCAGACUUCGAGGCGCUGAAGAGCGCCCAAGGUUUGGACGCCGUGUGGGAAGAGUCCAAAUUGCCCAAGCUGCCGGACAGCUUUGGGCGCUCUCUAAAGAAUUGGAAUUUCUACGUGCCCCGUCAAGGCCCAUUAGCACCUGGUGUCAUGGACUUGUGGAUGCGUCUGUCCAGCGGAGAGCGCAUCACACAAGGCGCGUUGCCUUACGUCGUGGACUCAUUCCCGUAUAACCUACACGAGUUCUUGGCCGCGCCCGAGCUCCGUGAGCUGCUGCAGGCGUCUCGGAAGGGGGAGCCAGCCGGAUAUACAGUCGAGGAAAAGGAAAUCAAGGCCAAGGAUGAACAGCGUGCUACCAUGUGGUUUCCGACCGUAGUCAUGAAUCUUGAAGUGAAGGCGGCGCUGCCGAAAGAGGGAGUUGAGUGGCUGGCUGUGCGGGUGACGUCAAAACAGAUCAAGGACGGGAAGUUUGAUCUUGAUAUCUCGGUAAGGGAUGUGGAUGGCCAGCUGCUGGCUUUGAGCCAUCAUGUUGCGAUGAUAUUGAGCAUUGAAAGGACCACGAGGAAGAAGCGGGCUUCAUUGUAG